CGCAGAGCAAGCAGAGCUGCAACCACAAGCUGUCUGAGCAGAAAUAUCAAUGAUGGGGUUCAGUCUACACACUCUACUAGCAUGUCUGGUUUUGAUGAGCGCAGUAAAGGAACGGGCGGCAGUUGACCCUCGGGUAAUUUCCAGCCCCUCACCCACAACUACUGCUCCAAACGUCCCAUCAGGCAGCACGUCUUUCCCCAGCACGGAAACAGAAGAUCCAACGACAGCCAGCACUGAAGAGGUUACAGCAGGAUAUACAGAGUCUGUCACAGAGGAGUCUGGGACUUCUGCUUCAGAACUGCCCCAAACCACGAAUGCAGCUCCAAGCAAUAGCAGCACCGGCGUCCCCAUCUCAACACCUGCCGAUAAUGUCAACGAAACCGCCACUCCAAUCGCCAACAGUACGGGGCCCACCAGUCCAAUGACCACCAGUAUGAAGCCCACCACUCCAGUCGCCACCACUAUGAAGCCCACCACUCCAGUCGCCACCACUAUGAAGCCCACCACUCCAGUCGCCACCACUAUGAAGCCCACCACUCCAGUCGCCACCACUAUGAAGCCCACCACUCCAGCUGCCACCACUAUGAAGCCCACCACUCCAGUCGCCACCACUAUGAAGCCCACCACUCCAGCUGCCACCACUAUGAAGCCCACCACUCCAGUCGCCACCACUAUGAAGCCCACCACUCCAGUCGCCACCACUAUGAAGCCCACCACUCCAGCUGCCACCAGUCCAACUGCCACCACUCCAGUCGCCACCAGUCUGCAGACAGAUACUACCAUCACAAACACAGAGGCGGACCCGAAGCCUGUGGAUGCAGGACUGGUUAUAGGCCUCAUCUUUUUCCUGUCCAUGCUGUUCGUUGUUUCGGCGCUGGUCUUUUUCUACUACACCAGGGCGAGAGGCGAGCAGUACGGUAUUCUAGUGGACAGCAGCGAGUCCAGGAACUUGGGAAGCUUCAACAACCCCAUGUACGACGCUUAAAUUCCACACACCCUGCAUCCAGCCCCAGACCAUCGCCUGUUGAAUAUCUCAUAAUCUAUUGUACAUUAAAUGUUUAAAUACAGAGAGAUUU